AUGAGCUUGACUGGACCAGCACAGUCAAUGGAGAAAGCAUUUUUCAAAGAAUCAGUUCCUAAAGUGGAUAAAUGUGUUAUAUUUCUUGACGGACUUGCACUCAAUCACGAUGAACCAUACAACUUUGAGUUUGAAGAUGAAACUCAUGACGGAACGAAAAACUACAGAUUCAAUAGCGAAGAUCCAAAUAGCCAGACUGCUCCGAAUUACAUAGUGUUCGAAUAUCACGUGUCAGGCGCCCACGUUUUUGAUAGAUCCAUUGACAUCAUUCCUGCCUGUCGAAUUUCGCCGAUCGCAGCUUGA